AUAGAUUUCUGAAUUGUUCAUUUUGGUGUAUAUCGGAGGUUCUGAAUCUUGAAUCGUGGCAAUGGCCGCUGUGAGCCGAGCUUCCACUCGCAUCCCCCAUCUCCUUGCCGCGCGGGGAGCUUUCUCUCUUCAUACUACAGCUCCGGUUUUGUCUUCUUCAUCGUCCGCCUCGCCGACGCCGUAUGCGAGCCCGUCGCCUCCUUCGACCUUGUCCCCAACGGGGCUUCCGAAGGCGGCAGAGUAUGUGAUCUCCAAGGUCGAUGACCUCCUGAACUGGGCUCGCCGUGGCUCUAUCUGGCCCAUGACCUUUGGUCUUGCUUGUUGCGCCGUUGAAAUGAUGCAUACUGGUGCUGCCCGCUAUGACCUUGAUCGCUUUGGUGUCAUCUUCCGUCCUAGCCCUAGGCAAUCUGAUUGCAUGAUUGUUGCCGGUACCCUCACCAACAAGAUGGCUCCAGCUCUUCGCAAGGUUUAUGAUCAAAUGCCAGAACCGCGGUGGGUUAUAUCCAUGGGAAGCUGCGCAAAUGGUGGUGGAUACUAUCACUAUUCAUACUCGGUUGUUCGGGGUUGCGAUCGGAUAGUCCCGGUUGAUAUCUAUGUUCCUGGCUGCCCUCCAACUGCUGAGGCAUUGCUUUAUGGAAUACUUCAGUUGCAGAAGAAGAUCAACAGGCGCAAAGAUUUCCUCCAUUGGUGGACCAAGUGAGACCAUCUAUCCAAGUCAGGUAUUGUAAUUUGGCGGAUGCUUCGAACUAUAAUAAGACGUAUUAAUACGAGGUUGUGGAAAUCUAAUAGAAGGUUAUGAGUGAUGUUGCAAUAAGAGACCAUAUGACACCCUUUGUGAUGUUUUUUUAUCUGUUAAUCUUCCCAUGUUAUCUGAGCCUGUAAAUGGCAAGGUUUACUCCGACUUCCUAAAACUUGCAAGUGAAUUUGAUAUCUCAUGUUAUUGUCAGUGGUAUUUCUCAA